UAACACCCAUAUUAUUAUUCAUACAUUUCCCGCCCAAACCCUCAAAUUUCAACAUUUGUUUCCCUCCCUUCCCUCACUUUUUCUCUCUCCUCCAAAAUCCCCAAUUUCAUCAACAAAUUUCCGCCAUUUCAAUUUUCAUCCGCUGAGCUCAUCAAACGCCGGCGAUUUUCCGGCAAAAAUGGUGGCCAUCAAUCCAAUCAACUACUCCAAAACUCAGAGAAUCGUUCUUCUAAUCGAUCUUCAACCUUUUUUUCACCUCCAAAACCCUAAUUAUUACCUCACUUCUCUUCUCACUUCCGCCAAAAUUCUCCUCUCUUUUCCUCCUCUUUCUCUUUCUCUCUCCUCUUUCAAGCUUUUCUUCUCCUCUCUCUCUCCUCUUCUUUCGUCUUCUUCUAUCCUCAAGCUCCCGAUUUCGUCGUAUAACCCUAAUUUACUAUCUUUCAAUCGUCCCGAUGAAACCCUAGAUUCACUAUCGCAGACCCUUAAUUUUGUUUGUGAUAUGGUUAAAUCUUCGAUUUCGGGGUCGAAUUCGAAGGCAUCGUGUGUUUCCAGCUCGAUUGCGCAGGUAAUUCAUGAUUAUGGUUGGGAUUUGUGUGAUGAUGUUGAUGAUUAUGAUUUGUUAGGACAUGUUAGGUCGAAUUUGGUUGUGUUGUUCUCUCCUCUUUGUAAAUCUCUAGAGGAUUUGCGUGAUUUUAUGGGUGUUGAUGAUGUGAUGAGUGACAGUGAUACUUUUUGCGAUAAAUUUAGGGGGGUUUUUGGGAAUGUGAGAGAUGUUUUUGUUAGUAGGGAUAUCCAUUUUAGCUGGGUAGAUGUGAGAUAUGAUGAUGAUAACGUAGGAAAUGAUAAACGAAACGAUAAUGUUGAUGAAAUUGGUAGGUUGGUGGGGUUUUUUCAAUGUGGGCUUAAGAGUUUAGGUUGGGGUUUUUGUUCUAGUAAUUCGAUUGUAUUGGGUUCCGCUCUUGUUUCGUUUGGCUUAAUUUAUCCAAUGAUUGGGGUGUCAUCAAAUUAUUGUAAAUUGAAUGAUGCAUGUAAGAAUGUUAGUGGGCAAUUGAAUCUUGAGAUAUUGGAUGUGAGUGGUAAACCUAUGGAGUGCACAUACUGUGAUCUCCAACUGCUUGAUCUUAAUAUGUCAUGUGGGCAGAGGCUUAACGGUCUCUCACUUGCUGGAGCAUGUGAAAAAGCAGGAGCAGAACUUUCUGAACGACCUUGCGGAACUUUGGGGAGUUUUGGCGAUGGAUUUGUGAAGAUUGAUGUUAAAGCUCUAUGUAGACACAGCGAACUAUUAAGAAUCAAUGGAAAGAUCUCUGAUGUUGUUUUAGUUAAUGAGCUUCCAAUAGAUGCAAAGAAAAAGAAAGAAAAAUCAUCUGAAAAGUUUUUCGCUGACAGAGUUCUUGACUUGCUUUCGGAAGAAACAGGCAAGUUUAUGAAGAGGAAACCACCACCUCUUUGGCAAAUACUGUUGUGCUUCCUGUAUAGGAAUGAUUACCUGGCAUUGUUGCAUCUGUCAAAUGCCAAUGGCACCAAAAAGAUGGGGGUUCUUAGACCUUUUAGUACUCAUUCAGCUUUUCUUUAUAUUCUGAAAAAUAACUCUGACUCUCAAUGUCGAGCACAUGGUGGAAAUGAACUAAACCUCGGACAGGAUAGUUCAAGGACAGGAAAUAAAAAUGUUGGUGCUGAUACUAGUAUGGAUUCUGUUAGUGGGAUAAAUAGAAAUGAGAGUAGAAGAAAGCAUAGAAAGCAUCCUCACAGAUACAAGGAUCUCUCGUGGAGCUCUUUCUGCAAAGCAUCUUUUGAACUCUGUGAGAUGGAACUUGAAGAAGCUUACUUCUCCAAGGAAUGGGAUACUUCAAAGAAGUUGAAGUUUUUGAAGUGUUGGAUGAAACAGGUCACUAGAAGUCCUUCAUCUAUUUCAUGUAAAUCAGACCCAUUUAAAAUUCUAGAGAAAACGAGAGAGAGAUUAUGCCAUUUGGAUCACGAAAGUCAACAGCCACUUCCUUCUUUGGCUGGAGAACAUGCUGUCAAGGAACCUCUUCAAAUAGGUGGAGUUUCUUUGCAAGAAGCUGCAGAAGCUUUCUUCAGUAAUUUAUCUCAGAGAAUCCAACAUGGGAUUGCAUCAGGAGUUGACUUGGUGGCUUUUGCCCAGCGGGUUGUUCGGUCAUGUAUUUAUUGGUUAAAGGUAAAACUAGGACCGGAUACCAGAGAAGAAAGUCAAGCGUCCCUUGAAAAAUCAGAUGGUAACAGUCAUGGAGGGCUACUGGCGGCUGAACUUGUGAAAAUGUUACUAAUUGAUCCAAAAGACAUAGCAGGAAAGCACAAAGAUGGUAGUCUGUACUCCAAAGCACCAGAUGCACAAUCAUCCAAGAUGUCCUCUGAAGAUAGAGUUAGAGAAUACGAGCUGCAGAUUUUGUUUCGUAUGGAGAUACUUCAAUCAGAUAUUGUGGCUGGUAUAAGAGAUUCUACUAAGCACAAAUUUGCUAAGCAGAUUUGCUGUCUUCUAGAGUUUAUUCAGUGUAACAUGGAGGAUGGAUUUUUUGGAGACUUCAACCUUAAUGAUUAUGUGGGCAGGACCAUCAGAAGCAGGUACUCGCAAAAGCUGGGAGAUGUUGUCCAUAAGAUAUAUGAUCAUAUGGAUCUCUUAUUGUUUGAUGAUGGUGAUGAUGAAUCCCCCAACCUACUUCUCAACAGUGAAGACAGCAGUCAAUCAUGGAAAGUAGGGGAUAAUGAUAGAGGAAGUGAACCCAAUUCUACUGAUGAUUCAAUUCACUCUGGUAGCACCGAUCAUGAACGCAAACUAAUUGAAGCUCAAGAGAGGAGAGCUAGAGCUUCGAGGUUUUCAUCUUUUUCAAGAAGAGCCAUGCCAGAAUUGCAGAGAGUGUGGGCCCCUAAACCUCCAAAAUUAUCUAGGUCAAAAUCAGACUCAUCUCGUAGGUCUAAGAGGAAGGGCCGACAUAGAGAAAGCUAUGAUAUGGUAUGCGAAACCCCAACAAGUGGGGCAAAAAAGUGCUUAUUCCCUUCAGAUGGUAGUGUUGGUGAUGAAGGUAGGGAUCAAGGGGGCAGUUCAAGCAAUUCCGUUCACAGGGCUUUGUUUCAGGAUGAAUCCUGGCAUCAUGAUUGGGGGCUAUGAUUCCCGAGGUAUGUUGGUCUCGGACAAUGGCUUGUCUACACUAGCUGACUUAGACAUGAAACAUGUAACUAUGUAUAACAGAAGCUUUGCCCGGAAGCAAUACAACAGGAUCCUCUUGUUGGACUACCUUAAUUUGUACACAAAAUCUAAUACGAUAGACUUGUAAAGUAUAUUUAUAAGUAAAUGUAUCAUUAGGUGUUUUUAGCAGUUAAGGUGCUAGGAACCUUGUAAUUUGUUUGUGAUAAAAUACAAUUGCUCUUGUUAUCUAGAUUAUAGGCAAAUUUUUUAACAAAUUCAGUGUAUCAGUUCAGCGGGAGAGUUGCAAAUACAUAUAGUUAUUUUAUGACGAA